CGGGACCUUCUAAAAGUGUUUAUAAAUCAUCAUGGCGGACCGACUAAUCAUAAGACGAGCUACAUUACAAGACUAUCGGGGUGUUAUGGAUAUUGGAGAGAUUUAUCAAGGAAGAGACUAUCUUCCUGUGAUGUAUGAAAAAUAUUUAAAAGUGUUCAACUGUCGGGUUGCAGAAAAAAAUGGAGAAAUAGUGGGUUUUAAUGGAGAACGACUGGUGGAUGGUGGUAUGACUUUGUGUAGAGCGGCAGCACGUGUGAAAGAGAAUUACCAAGGUCAAGGUCUUUUGGCUGCCAUAUUGAAAGAUGUUUAUGAUUUUUAUCAAGAUAAAAAAUCAGUGAAAUAUGAAGCGAUUGCUAUUAGCAACGUCAGUAUGGAAGUCAAUGGUGAUAAAAUAAAGCGACGAUUUACACAAAUCUUACAAAGGGUUUGUGUUGAGAUGACUGCAGAAAUAGGAUAUUUUAAACCAAAUAAAAUUGAAUCUGAUCAAACUAAAGUUCAAGAGCUGACAUCAGAAGAUUUGAUGGAAAUAUUCCAAUCUAAGGAAAUGUGUUCCAAAUUAUUUCCUGGAGAAAGAAUUGUGCCGAACUGCUAUCCCUAUCGUCUGCUACCUGAGAAUAUUCCUCUAAUGAUGGACGGGUGUCAAUUCUGGGGCACUAAAAGUUCCGACCAAUCAACAUACACGACACUGACGGUUACAGAACAUUUUAACUUAGGAGAAAGAUUGAUGUUCAAACUUUGUAUGUAUGGCAGUGACGCAGUUGAUAUACAACAACAUUGUCUGAAACAUAUACAUAAUCUGAAUAUAUUGGUUAAAAGCGGAACAUAUACGUCUAUUAUGAUUCACAUAACUUACUCAUUAGAUUGUCAAGAAACGGGAACAUUUUUAUCAGAUUUUGAAAAGUGUGGUCUUAAUUUUAACGAUGAGUUUCCUGUAACUAGAAUGUUUCUAUUUGAAAGGGUAAUAAGAUCAAAUUAA